AUGGCGGAUGAAGAUGCUGGCAUCAGAUUGCCUGCCACAGCUCCGGCUUACUACUUUUCAGAGUUGGCAGAAAUGCUCCCAACUGCUGUUGCAUAUGCACACGACGGGGAGUUCUAUUGGAGCCUUGGUCACUUACAUGACAACCUAUGUGGGCUACUUCCAGACGAACUUCAGUUGGAACCCUUCCCGAAAUUCUGUCAGAUUAUUGGGAAGAAGCUGAAUGACAGUGAAGUUGUCAGACAUCUUGGAGUUUCCAUGUACAUGAAACCUGGCAUUGACAGGAUAGACGAUAGAUCUGCAAUCGCUGUUACCUUCUUGAAGAAGAUUGCAUUGAACAGUCUUCCAGUGCUGCAUCAAGGUGGUGGACACUGCUACAUGGAGGAUGGUUCCCGGCUGACAUUCGAUGCGUCUGGUGUAUGCAAUGUCUAUGAGUGCCUCCAAUGUCAUAAGUCCAUGAAGGAUGCAAUGGAUUUGGCCUGGGGUGACAUGAAGGUGUGGAGCCAGGCAUUGUGGGCUGUGAUCAAGUUUUUGGCAGACCAACAACAAGAUGCUGAUCCGAUCAUGGAUCAAGAAGGUGGUGAUGAAAAUGAACAAGGUCCCAAGCCGAGGAAGGGCAGAACCCAGAUAGAUCUGAACUUUAUCUGGAAGCUUUACAAUGAUUCAGUGGAGAUCAAUGGGCUAAGCCUGUCCAUGCUGGUGAGAUCGAGACAAAAUGAUGCAGAGGGUGGUGCUUGCCAAAAUACAUCAAGCCAUUGGCUGAAGAAGAUCAUGCGAAUGUACAGCCGACGUGCCACUCUGGGCUUCAAAGAUGUCCGGCACCUGAACAUGGUCUGUGAUGCUAGCAGGCAUGGUGUCUAUGAGUGCUUGGUGAGUGUUGCCUACAGCCGACACAACGACAUUGGCUGCUAUCCACCAACACAAUCGUUGAGGUCCUCGAAAUUUGUCUCCCCAGGGGAAAUCGAGUGUGACUCGACUGUGGAACGUCUUUUGGCAGAAGGGAGCCGUUUGCGUAUGGCAGCAUACCGGAUGUUCCAAGCACUGUCGCACCAGAUCCAGUUGCUCACCGACCACACACUCACUUUGACCAGCUUUCUGGCCCCCGAGGAAAUGAAAGCUGCCCUUGAACCAGUGCCGCUUGAUGCGACCCGAGUUGUUACUGGACAUUUUGUGAGAAAUGUGAAAAAAAAUGGUGAAGAAGAGUCUGCUGUAAGUCUGCUGUCUCUGGCAAAGUUGCCCAUGCUUGUGAUUGGGAUGGACCAGGGCACUGUCGGAAUGGCAUGCGCAGCAUUCUUGAUGGAGACUGGAGCUGCAAUGACUCACUUCUAUUGGGACCCAUACCAUAGACUGGUGAGAGACCUCAAGUUGGCAACUACAAAUUGCCCUCCUGAUGUCAAGCUUCAACUUCAACAAGGGCAGUUGUGUGGAAGUUACAUGUUCAGCAUCAACUACAAGCCCUUCAAAACAGCUGGCUUUCACGAUGAGAAAAAAAGAAUCCGACUUGUUCCUGCGGUACUGAUUGCCAUGGACUUUGACUUCACGUUUCGCACCAAUGACGAUAUGGAAGUUCUUUUCAGUUCAUUGGCAACUCAGCUGGAUUCCUACCGAAUCAAGAAGGGCGUUGUGAAAACAGGACGCUGGUUCAGCUGGCACAAUGGAUGCGAAAGCCAGUAUCAUGAGUUUUGGUCGACCAGAAUGGUGCUGGAGUUUGGGUUUCCCAAUGAGACUGACCCUGAUCAGAACCAAAAGAGUUUCAAGGAGAUGAGAUCAGGUGGCGAUUCCGUUGGGGGGCUGCGGCUAGUUCUCCAGUGCUGCAGCUGGAAAACGUGGUAUGGCAUCACUGCCAUCAAGCUGGCUGACCAACCACUUUGGACAUUCUACACUGAAUCAGUCAAGACAGUCAAAGAUGCUUCACAAGGUUUUCAAAGAAACUUGCUUUGGUCUGGGAAUGGCUGGAUGCAGGCCGAGCAAUUCAGUCAGCUGGUUCGUGUCCUUGUCCAAGAAGCAGAGUUCGAAAAAGUCAGAGCAUAUGCUGCCUUGUCUGUUCGAUUUCUGGGUGAGGAAGCAGCUGACCAGCAUCUCGCUGGAUUUGUGUCGUGCUUAUGGGCAUACAUCAUGCAGAUUUUGAACUUCCGAGGAAGAACUAUGUCGAAGCAUGCUUCAGGUCCUGAGGCCUAUGCACCGGCCAUUGGUGAUGAUCCUGAAUGUGCUCAAGAAUCCAUGGACUUCAUGAUUGCCGAUUGGCGUGCGUUGAGGCUGCUGGAAGCUUCGCCUGGCCAAGCGCCCCAAGAGCUUGCAGCCGACAUGCGUGAUAGCAUUUCAAAACCUCUGAGAUUGGCCUUUCAGCUGAUGGAGUGUGGCCGAAAAGAAGAGUCUUUGUCAGUCUUGAAGAGUCUGUUGUACAGAUUGCCAGAUACGAAGGUGGUGGAAGAUGUUCAUCAACGUCUUCGGACUGAAGCCAUGGCCAAUCCCAACAACAGACUUCUCCCAAGGGAAUUGCAAGGGCUUGUGCAGACUUCGGGACAACUCGAAGCCCGACAAAUGCCACAUCCAGCCAGAUUAGACAAAGAGUCUUUUCUUGAACGUUGGAAGGUCACUCCAAACAACUUCAACUUCAAGGUUUCACUGGACUCUGGAGUGGUGAAGCUCCCAAAGUACUUUUCACGAAUGCUUGGCAAAAAGUCUUGGCGGACAAUCAGUGAAGAAGCCUUGAGUUUGUCCAGUUCGGCAUGGGCAUGGAUGCGGGAGUACAUCUCCAAGGACUUCAAAAGCAAAGGCAUCAAGUUGAGAGAUGCUCGGAUGUGCAUCACCUUGCAGCCAGGGAUGGCAUUCAAGGCCGCAGAUGAGCCUGAUGUUGUUUUUGCCUGUGUGUCGAACCUUCGAUGGGCAAUUCUGGCAUGGCCACUCCAACCGGUUCAAGAUGAUGGUUACUACAUUCUGGAUCCAGCCGGAAGACUGUACUGGAAAUUUGUGACCAAUGUCGAGAAUUUGGAAGCGGGGAUUUUGGAACCAUCAUUCUUACCUGGUGUUGGCGUCGGCAUUUUGAUUAGCGAAUGGGGGUCGGCUUUGAAGGUUCUGCUCAAGCAGUCUUCUGAGGCUCUGCUUUUCCGUGACCUCGAGUUCCUGGCCAAGAAUGCAUUUGGCAUGUCCCGAACCAGAUCCAUGACUCGGCAUGAUCUUCUGAAAGCCCUGGCGACUGAAGUUGGGGGCCGAGAAUUUGCUGAGGAAGUCUUGGAGUCUGUCUGUUGUAGAAAGAAAAGGAAACUUGACCAAACUGACUUUGAUGACCUUGCUGGCAUUGUCCUGGAGGCAAUGGACAAGGACGAGGCAGCUGAAUGGGAUGACGUUCGAGUUUCGAUGAAGAAGAAAGAGAAAGACGCAGUUGCAUCGAAAUGGCAGCAGUGGAGAAAAGAGGCCAAUGAACGAAAAAAGGCAAAGGGCAAGGGCAAGGGCCGUGGUGGACGUGGAAAAGGUCGAUUGCCCCUUGGACGUGGAAAAGGCAAAGGGAAAGGAUGCAGAAAAGGAAGAGGUAAAGGUAGAGCGGCCCAGUCUGAGAAUUCUGCCCUCCGAAGGAGGUUAAGCUUCAAUGGUGUUGACUCUGAUCAAGCAUCGCCAAUGGGAUCUCAACAAGUUCAUCAAGGUGACAGUGCUGCUCCAGCUACACCCAAGAUUGACAACGACGACGAUGCUAACAUGGAAAUCGAUCCUCCUAAUGUCGAUCCAGUGCCCUCCCCGGCCGAUGUUGAAAUGCCAAUGCAGUUCAGUGAUGCAGCAGCUGCUGCAAGUGAUGAUGUCUCUGUAGUCUGCUGUAGUCAACUUGGUUCGCUUGACCUCUUCACUGCUGAGAGUGAGCCUGCUGCUGUUGUGCCAGCAGUGGCCAGUGAAAAUGCAGAUGCUAUGUCUCAAUCUGCUGUUGCACCGGAGCCCGGGCCAGAUGCUCCCAGUGAGACUCCUGCCGCUGAUGCCGCUUCAUCAGCACGAGGGCCAAACGUUCACCGAACCCCUGAUGAACUCCAUUUGAUUACGCCGCCCAGCUGUUCAAUCCACCUGAAUUGCAAUGAUCACCGCUGGACAGAGAAGUGGCCAAAAGCAUUUGGCCUCUCUUCCUGGUCCAAGUCGUUCGACUACAAGAAUGAAGCGGAUUGGAAGCUCAAGUUGGAGCUCGUGCAUGAGCAUGCAUGGAGAACGUGGAAAAAAAUCAAAGACCAUGACUCCAUGAGGCCCUUUAGGGACCAGUUGAAACUUUGUGAAGGGCAAGUGGAGCAACAGGGAGGUGUUCUUGUUCCACAGCUGAUUGAAAAUCUCAGACCUCAAUUUGAAAGGAUGCCUCCAAAGAAGAGAUACUGA